AUGAUGAAGAACAAGAGUAACACGGUCACACCAACACUAACAGAACACUGUCAGAACACGCCUGCCAACACUGUCAGAACACCAAACACUGUCAGAACACUGCCUCACCAACACUGUCAGAACACUGCCUCACCAACACCCAGAACGGACCUCACCAACACUGUCAGAACACGGAACACAACACUGUCAGAACACCACCACUGUCAGAACACUGCCACACCAACACUGUCAGAACACUGCCUCACUGUCAACACUGUCAGAACACGGCCUCACCAACACUGUCAGAACACUGCCUCACCAACACUGUCAGAACACUGCCUCACCAACACUGUCAGAACACUGCCUCACCAACACUGUCAGAACACUGCCUCACCAACACUGUCAGAACACUGCCUCACCAACACUGUCAGAACACUGCCUCACCAACACUGUCAGAACACGGCCUCACCAACACUGUCAGAACACGGCCUCACCAACACUGUCAGAACACGGCCUCACCAACACUGUCAGAACACGGCCUCACCAACACUGUCAGAACACGGCCUCACCAACACUGUCAGAACACUGCCACACCAACACUGUCAGAACACUGCCACACCAACACUGUCAGAACACUGCCACACCAAGAUAACCUGA